CCCCCCUCCCCCCAAACCCCAUUUACAGUCAUAAUCCACCUGAAGACCACAAAUAGUGUCGGGCUUGUCUGGGACACCCUCAUCACUUUCAUCUCUACUGACUCUUGCUGCUUGCCUCCUCUUAUGUCAUUUUUCUGAAGCCCUGAGCAUGUCCAACUUUGCUUCAAACUGCAGGUGAUUUUACUUUAUACCCAGAUUGAGCCGGACCGAAUCGUGAAACGUGAGAAUUCCGAACCAGCCCGUAUAAUCGAGAAUGCACGAGCCGCGGGCAGCAGGAGAAGAGCCCUAUCCGCCUUGCUAAGUGAGCAAAAGGAUCACCGCCAACUAAGGUAGCUGACGAGGUUGCACGGGCUAGCGACUAGAGCUUUCCAGAACAGCUUUGAGUGCCCCGCUGCGAAGCUCUAGACCAGAUUGACCCGAUUGCCCUUAUAUACGACGGGAUACCACCGUCUCAAUCUUGGAUCCGAUGAGCAUGAGUGUAGUGCCUCUGCCUGGACUCCAUCAAGUCGCCAUGUCGCGGCCGCAGGUCGGCAUAGAACGCCUGCCCACGCGCCAUAUGAGCAACGAGCCCCGCGAGUCCAUGAACUGCAAGUCUUGUCGGAAACGGAAGAUCAAAUGCAACCGAUUGCGACCGGCAUGUGAAGCUUGCCAAGUCUUCCAGUGCCCGUGUAUAUACGAUGCCGUACCUAAAAAGCGCGGACCCAAGACGGAUGUGCUGGAAGCUUUGUUGAAGCGGGUGGACGGAUUGGAGGCGCGACUUAAAGACAAGAAAUCUUCGGAUUUGAACGCCUCGCCCACGGCGGAAGAGCUGUCGGCAUUGACAGCUGGAGACGAGACGGCUUCAAAUGAAGGAUCAGCCGAGAUGGGAGGCACCACGACGACUACAUCUGUCGAUGUGCAACCCAAGCAUCCAACACUGGACACGGCUCACCCGAGCGAAGCAGCAGCCGAGUCCGCAGUCUACUCUCCCACUGUCGCCAGCGAACCUUCCCCCGGCAUCCAAGCAGAUGCAUUGCUCGAGACCUACUUUAACCGGUUUCAUGCAAAGCCGUACCACAUUCUCGAUGAAUCCACAGUGCGCCAGAGACUGCAGCUUAAUCAAUUGCCAAAUUAUCUUGUGCAUGCAAUCUACGCAGUCGCAGCCAGAUAUACACCUCAUCCUAGUGGUUAUCAAUCGGCCGUGAAGCUGAGCGAAGACCAUGCCUCGCGAGCACGAAACGAGAUUGACACCGAUGAGCCAUCCGUCGACGCACUUCAGGCCUUGCUCUUGCUCGUCACUGCCUUCACCGCAGCUGGCAAGGGCAAGAAAGCUUACAUGCUAAUGACUUAUGCCAUCGGAAUGGCUAUGGCCCUAGAAUUACAUCGUGAGGUGGACAUGAACGCCCGCAUCACACCUGUGGAACGAGAGAUGAGACGACGCCUUUUCUGGACAUGCUAUUUGCUUGAUAGGUUUAUGGCGUGCGGAUCCAAACGCCCGGCUUUGGUCGGGGACAAAACGAUAUUACUACGAUUACCCUGCUGGUCUCCCACUCCAGCCGCAAUGCCCAUCGAAGGGGAAUUCUUCCAAAACGGGUCCAAUUUACAGUAUCUCCAGGGGAGUGGAAAGAAGUCUCAGGGCAGCAGCGGCAUGCUCAUCGACAUCAGUCGCAUCCUGGGUAUCACGAACAGGUACUUGGCAGCUGGUGGUGUUAAGGGCGAUUCUCACUUUCCUUGGCACACGCUCUCUAACCUCUCCAAAAUCCGGCAAGACCUCGAUAUCUGGGCAUCGGGCACCGACGACGUAUUUUCAAGCGUGGACACUCUAUUCGGACAAGCCGACUCAACUGUGCUGGUUCUUAGCAAGCUGAUAUACCAUCUGAUCCAUUGCCUUAUCUACCGACCAUUCAUACCCAUCGAUCUGGCUGAGCUAGCUGGUACGGGGCAACACCAAUCCUGGCAAAUCGAAGCAACUAAUAUGUGCUUCUUACAUGCGAAUGCUAUAGCAGAGCUAGUAGAGCUCGGUAAGCAGACGACCACGAUUGAGUGGCCAGCAUUUGUGGGGUACUGCAUCUGCACAGCAGGUACAGUGCAUAUACACGGGGCUCAUUAUAACAAGAAUACGACGAAUGAAUCGGGCGCAUUCUCAUCUUCGGCCGAAUUCUUGUCUCGCGAGAUGCAGCAGUUGAGCGAGCUCCGCUAUGCAUGGGCCAGCGUUCAACACCAACGAGAGACUCUCCAGGGCAUUUACAAUGCGCACGCCGAAUUAGCCAAGAGCCUAGCCAAUAACCCCAUGCGGUAUUCUCCAGUCUUCCACCUAGAAGACUUCUUCGACCGAUACUACAACAUCGGUGGCCCCGACGGACAGACAUUUACCUUCGACGCCGCGAAUCUGAGCCUGUGUGACGUGAUUAUCGAUUUUACCACCGACACCUACACUGGCCACGAUCUUUAUGCACCGCGAGUCAAUAGUCACCCGGAGCCUAGGCAAGAGAGGCAAAAUCUGAAGCGGAAGAGUACGAUGAGCAUGGGACGCAAGCGGCCUGACCUACGGGCUCUCGCAGCCGGACACAACCCGCCCCCAACACCGGGGUUACCUACCCCUGGUGGCCCGCCCCGACAUCAUUCUUUCUCAUCCGUGCCGCAUCCAUCACCGGGAGUACUCCAUAGCCCGACAUCACUUCCCCCACACGCAGAACAAGGCCCUGGGCAACACCAACAACCCGUGAACCAAAUGAGAGAUCCGAUAGAAGAUGCCGCAGCCAACGCGGCCGCUGCGGCGGCGGCAGCAGCAGGGUUCUCUCUCUCGAACCCUCACCAAUCCCAUCACAUGCCAGCGCUCUCUUCGACUGCUUUCUCUCCCCCGUAUCAGUUCGCCACACUCGCCGGACAACCCGGCGGCGCAAACGCGACUACUGGCAGUUAUGACCCAAUGUUCGGAACCCUUCCGACGAAUGCCUUCUCUUCCCCAGCCGCCUGGCAUGGAGGGGACGAGGAUCGCAAACAGCCCCAUGUGGCACCCAGCCCUGGGGCCAGGAGCCACAAUGGAAGUGCUGGAACCGGGCCAGAAGAAAAGGAUCCAUUCUUGUGCCUGCUGGAACAGCUGGCGGAAAACGAAAACGCGCAUGGUCCCGGAAACGACCUUGACUUCUUCCUUGCUGGGGUGCAAGGUUGAAAUUCGACGAUAACGAGCAUACAUAAACACGAGGCACACAAACAAUGCCAUUAACACUGGUUUGGCUUACUCACUGGCUUGGCGUUUUUGGCACCUGGAAGACCUCCCGUAAUUGCAGGCAUGUUACACCUUUUAAGGGCACUUAUAGGGCGUUUGCACGAGUCAUUCAGGGAGAUCUACGAGUAACUGACAUUUUGGGAACGGUGUUCAAUCUGGAAAACUAUUUUGGGGAAGGUAGAUUUGUUCUACGAGGGCAUGUAUUUGAUUUGAGACAUUUGAUACUUGGCCUAAUGUGAAUUGACCACUAACGUGAGGCGGCAAGGCGGCAAGACGGGAGGGCAUUGUAUAACCAUAUUUUGAGAUCUAAGAUAGCUAUCUUACCGAAGCCCAAUUGAUCCGGAUCGCUCGAUGAGCACUGAUUCUGAUAUGGAACGAGUGCUAUCCGGUCUCAAAACCUC